AUGCCGUUGCAGAGCUUUCAAAGGAGUACAAGGAAAAUGGGGAGCCAAUCACAGAUGACAGCACCGUUUUGCACAAAUUCUCCUACAAACUGGAGUACCUGCUUCAGUUUGACCAGAAGGAGAAAACAACAUUUUUAGGUACCAAGAAGGACUAUUGGGAUUACUUCACRGACUGUUUGGCUAAGAUCAAGGGAGCCAAUGAUGGAAUCCGUUUUGUCAAAUCCAUCACUGAGCUGAAGACCUCUCUGGGGAAGGGACGAGCAUUCAUCCGCUACUCCCUCGUUCAUCAGCGGUUGGCCGAUACGCUGCAGCAGUGCCUGAUGAACCAGAGAGUCACCAGUGACUGGUAUUACGCAAGAAGUCCUUUGUUGAAUCCCAGAGACAGUUCUGACAUAAUCACCCACCUGUAUGAGCUCAACGAGGUCCAGUUUGAUGUGGCUUCCAGAGGGCAUGAUCUUGAUGCCUCCUGGCCAACAUUUGCACGGAGGACACUGGGAAGUGUAAAUUCACCUGGUCACAUGUGGAAACCACCUAGUCGUAGUUCCAGUAUUAACAGUCUGGCUAGUUCAUACUCUCAGCAAGCAACUGAGUUUCCCUCCAGCCCUGACUACGUCCACAGCUUGUUAAGUGACCCYAAUGAAUCUCUCUCUGCCUGCAUGGAGGACGUUAGCACAGUCGAAGACCUUCGGCUGGAGCUGGAUCAGUUUGAGCUUAAGCAGCAAGGGCUCCUGGAUAAGGUCCAGCAGCUAGGCGAGGACAACGCCCAGCUCCGAGCYGUAAUCGAGAAGCUCCAGAGUCAACUCGAUGUGUCACUUGAUGCACAAGAGAAGCUCCAGUCCUCGCAGGGGAAACUCAAGGAGAAAGAGGAAGCUCUGUCCAAACAGGUGGAAGCUCUCAGAACUGAGAAAAAAGCCAAGGAGGCUCGGCUCGUUUUACUUCAGGAGAAGCUGGAAGCCGCCGAGCAAAAGAACUCUGAGCUCGUCGUGAGGAUGGACGGGCUUCUGAACGAGAAGGGUCAGCAGGCGGCCAGCCGCUUCGAUUCAGCUCAGAAGAUCCACGAACUGUUGGACAAACUGAAAGAGGCAGAGAAUGGAAAGGUGCAGGCCGUAGCUGAGGUGGUGGAGUUGAAGAGGCAGGCGGAGAAACUAGAAGAGGAGCUAAGAGUCGAGGAAGCUGCGUCAAAGACCGACAGAGCAAAACUCACAUCCGUGUUGGACGGGAAGGCCAAGCUGGAGGUGAGAGRGGAGGAACAGGCGAGUGCGAUCGAAAAGCUUCGGGGUGAGCUGACGUUAAGAGAGGAGARGGCAAGCAACCUGCAGAAGCAGCUGCAAGACCUCCAAAGAUCUCUAGAGGAGAAAGGGCAAGAGUUGGAGGAGGUGAGGAGGAGAGCGCGGCAAGAUUUAGAUGAAAAACAGGCAAACUURGAUGGCCUGAAUGAGUCUUUAGAGGCAGAAGUUGCUGCCGUUACAGAGCAGCUUAGGAGAAAAGAGACAGAACUCAGCUCCAGCUGCGAGACACUACGAAAACUAGAAGCUAAGAACCAAAGRCUGAACACACAGAGGGACAAACUGACCACUAGCCUCACUGACCACGAAGAGAAGAUCAAAGAACAGGCUGCAAAGAUAGAGGACUACAGUAUGCAGUGCACCAAUCUACUGGAAUCAAACAAGAAGCUGCUGACCGCCGCGAAGAAAAACGAGGAGCUGCAAAACGAGACGAUGGCGGCUAGAACAGCACUCGAGGCUGAAGUAGCGUCUCUCAGAGCUUCAGAGAAACAACUCAGAGGCCAGCUGGACGACGCCAAGAUGACGGUGGACGAGAAAGAGAAGGCGCUACGUGAGGAGAACUGCAGGUUGGAUGAGAGCCUGCAGCGAGCCACAAUGGCCGCGAAACUGUCGGAGACCACGUUAGAGCAGCUGGAGAGGAAGAACCAGAGUCUGCAGGAKGAGCAGGACCAGUUACAGUCGACCGUUAGCCGCGUGCAAACGGAGCUGAGGAACGCUCGGCAAAAGAACGAGGAGCUGGAGAAAAACGUGAAGGCUGCAAACGAAAAAGAAGUUGGCCUUCGAGAAGAGCUUAGUGCCAAAACGGAACAGCUGGAGAGUGAAGAGAAGGAUCUUGUGAAGUUGAAAGCUACUGUCAGAGAUCUAGAGGUUAAYGUAAAAGAGCUCGAGAUGGCUAAAGCUAACGCUGAAGCGACUUGUUCCAGACAGACGGAGGUGAUAGAAAGAGUCACGGCAGAGAAACAGGCAGUGGAGAGUUCACAGCUAGAGAAGAGCUCAGUUCAGGACAAGGAGAAGCAGGAAAUCACUGCCAAACUGACCGUGGCUGAAGGCCAGUUGGAGGUUAAUAUGAAGGAGGUGUCCAGACUUCAGGCAGAGCUCCUGGACCGAAAGGUGCAGGUGCAGAGAUCUGAGGAGGGGAAGCUAAAACUCCAAGCGCUGCUGGAGGUGACAGAGGCCCAAAGAGAUGAGCUUCGGUCUCUGACUGAGCAGCUGAAAUCCCAAAUGGAGGCACUGAAUCAGAAGCACGUAGCAGAGCUGAUGGAGUGUAAAAAUAAAGAACGUGCCUUCAUUGAACAGRGUGAUCGAGAAGCCGCAGCCCACUCAGAGCUGGCUAUUUCCAUGGCUGCCYUCCACGAAGAACUGUCUAAAGUCAAAGCAGAAAACAACAGGUUGGCUUUGGAGAAGAAUGAGAUCAGCGAGGGUCUGCACAGAGCGAACACCGAGAUGGCKGAGCUGGGGAUGGCCAUCUGCAAGCUGAACGCAGAGAAGGAGGAGUCCAGCAGGCACUGGGCAGGCCGAGCCGCUGAGACCGAAGAGCUGAAGAAGAAGGUAGAGCAGCUCGAGGAGCGCGUAGAAGAACUGCAGCUGGAGAACAGCCAUCUACAAGAGGAGCUGAGACGAAACGAGUCACUUCCAGAGACCAUCGCCGAGCUCCAGGAACAGCUGGAAAAGACCAAGAGCCAGAUGCAGAGCGUCAAGGAGUCCUGCCGAGAGGAGAUAGAUGCUGUCAAGUUCCAGAUGAGCUCAGAGACCAUGAGUCAUCAGGUCAGCCUAAAGAGUUUGAACGAACAGCUGGAGAAGUAUAACGUCCAGGUGCUGGAGGAUCAGAGGAACAGAUCCAGCUUACAGGCUCGAGUGUCUGAACUAGAGGCUGCCAAUGAGGAAUAUUUACAGUUGGUCAGUGAGAAAGAUGCUCACGUCACAAAGGCAGAAGACACGAUUCGGGAGAAUGAAAAUGAGAUUCAGCAGCUGAGGAAUGCUGUCACCAGUGCUGAAGAGGCACGCUUGGCUGUGCAACGACUUUGUGAGGAGCUGAAGCAGAAACUGGAGGCAACAGAAGCCGAACAGCACAGCCAGUAUCUGAAGAUGACUGCAGAGGUUGAUGACCUGAACAGAACCAAGACCAAUCUGGAGGAGCGGCUCAUCGAGCUGAUAAAGGACAAAGAUGCUCUGUGGCAGAAAUCUGAUGCUCUGGAGUUUGAGCAGAAGCUGCGAGCUGAGGAGCGCUGGUGGCUGGUGGAUCAGGAGGCCACUCACUGCCGCGACUGCCAGGGCCAGUUCACCUGGUUUCUGCGCAAACAUCACUGCAGACUUUGUGGUCGCAUCUUCUGCUACAACUGCAGCAGCAACUUCGUAAUGACCAAGCACAGCGGGAAGAAGGAGCGCUGCUGCAGGGACUGCUACAUGCAGCACAGCCCGGUGGUGGAGAGGUUCACAGACGCAGAACUGAGUCCUGCAGAAGUGUCGCCACCUCCACCUGGAGCUGCGCCUCCUCAUCCUGAGCCUGCUCCYGAUAAACCCACUCCCAGAGUAACGGUUUCAGACCCCAGCAACAUAUCUGAUGAUGGAGGUUAUGACGUCAUUACAGAAGAGGAAGUGAACGGCACCUAUGACAGUGAUAAUAUCUCGCAGACCACAGGAGMCUCUCUGGAGGGAGACCAAGACCAACAACAUCCUGGAGCAAAUGAAACGAGGACAGGAGAUGUGACCCUCGAUGAAGAACACGUACCAACAUACCAGGAUUUAGAGAUCAACCUUCUCAGCUCAGGAGAAUUGACGAUGGCUGUUCCUCUCAGCACUGAUGAUAUUUCUCAGUUUGGUGAUGGUAGCAGGGAGCUCUUCAUCAAGUCCAGUUGUUACAGCAUCAUCACUGUUACUGUUACUGACUGUGGGCCCACCAUCAGCUGGGUGUUCUCCUCUGAGCCCAGGAGUAUCUCUUUCAGCGUGGUUUACCGGGAGUCUGGUGACAUUCAGGUGGAACAGUCAAAGGUGCUGAUUCCUCUGACUCGCUGCAGUUCCCAUAAAGAGACCAUUCAGGGCCAGCUGAAAGUCAAGCACCCAGGCCUCUACAUGCUCAUCUUUGACAACUCCUUUUCACGCUUCAUCUCCAAGAAAGUGUUUUACCACCUGACCAUGGAGAAGCCUGUAAUCUACGAUGGAAGUGAUGGUCCUUGAACCUAACACUCGGUGUUGUGGCUCUGAAUAAGACUAAAGGGAAACUGAUGACAUUUUCUGCAACAUUUUUACAAAGCCAAGUAUUACAAAUCAUUUUGUCUUGAUAUUACUUUAUUCAAUAAUGUUAGUUUGUUUUUAAAGCAUGUUUGUGUUUUCAAAAGUGAACACAGUAAAUCAUUGAAAAASAAGUGGAAAGAAGAUUCAGAUCGAUCUAUGCAAGUUUUACCAUGUUUUUAUGUAUGUAGUUACCAUUUAAUUUGUGUACUUUUGUUUUAUCUAAAUGUCUUUUUUGUGUGGGUUUGUUUUUUUGUGGUUUGGUCUUUAUUUGAUCUGAUUUGAAGCAGUGAGGGAUAUUAAUGAACAGAAAUAACACUAGUAGACCAUAUUUAUCAGUUACCACUUAUGAUUUGUGCAAUCAAUUAAAUCAGGUGGAUAAAAAAAAUCCUAAGUACGUCCCAGUGGUUUGUUUAUAUAUUUUAAUUGUGUGUCUGAACAUUUUGUUUGCAUUCUGUUAUUGUGGGACAAAAAAAGAAAAAGGUUUUUGCAUCAAAACAAACCUCACAGCUUUGUGAUUCUGAGGUUUGCAGUUGUCAUGCAGAGGCAUCGAUAUUUUAAUAAAAAGAAAAUUGACAUCUUGCUUUUUUUUUUAAGGAGACUGGCUUUUUUCUUCUAGGUCAGUUUAUAGAAUUUAAUCUAUUUUGUGUACAAGCUGUGUCAUUGAUCAGACUGUCAGCUCAAAGGUCGCUGUAUUGUCAAAGUGCCUUUUGACUUUUAAGGUUUUUGUUGACUUUUGUGCAUUUAUCUGUACGGUGACACGUGGUAUGAAUUUACCACACAGUUUAAACCCAUCAACACUUAAACUUGUUUAUGCAAAAGAUUUUAUAUUCUUUUUGUUYAAACAGUUUUUAAAAAUACUCUAUCACUUUAUAUGGACUGGACUCUGCACAAUUUACCAAGCUGUUUUUUUUUUUUUUUGUCCAUUUCUUCUUUUAUUUACUUCAAAUUGUUUUGAAAGUUGUGCAAUGAUGGAAAAUUUAUGCAAAUUCUCAUAUUUUCUCUACAAGGGCUGCACUUUGCAAUAAAUGUUUUUUUUUUUUAAUAUUAGAAAUGAUGCUAAAUCUGUAUUUUUCUAUUUAAAAUGUACAACCUGUUCUUUUUAUUGGAUUGUUUUUUUUUUUUUGUGGGGUGGGGGAGCAAAAAAAAUACACAAAUCAUGGUAAUGUAUGUAAUACAUGAUGUUAAACUCCCAAUGAAGGAAUAUGAGUGAUA